AUGCAUCCUAGCACUCUCGUCGGCCUUUUGGCCUUUGCUGCUGCGGCACAGGCCAUCCCCACAAACCCCCGCAAAGCUCACUCGACAUCUUCAAUUUCAAAUCUGAAGUCCAAAAUUAAGAAUGUCGUUGUUCUUUGCAUGGAGAACCGCUCAGUCGAUAACCUCCUCGGUGGACAAACACUCAAAGGUAUUGAGAACCCAAUCAACAAUGGCCCUUACUGCAAUCCCUACAAUGUUACCGAUCUCUCCCAGGGUCAGCAUUGCACCGAGGCAAGAGACUAUGACUCUGUCACCGAUGACCCCAGCCACGCCGUAACUGGUAACACAAUGGAGUUCUACAGUAGCUGGACUCCCGAUAAUGCGCUCAUCGCCUCUGGAAAACUUACAGCAAACAACAAUGGCUUCAUCCACGAGCAAAUCAAUAACUACGGCUCCGAUGCAAACAAGACCGUCCUAGCCAAGCAGGUCAUGAACUACUAUACCGAAGACGAGGUUCCAGUCCUCACCUCCCUGGUCCAGAACUUCCUUACCUUCAACCACUGGCACUCCGACAUUGCAGGCCCCACGGAUCCUAACCGUUUUGCCCUUGUAGCCGGUACAUCAGGCGGCCACGGCGAAAACGACGACACAUUCGGUACAUACGCCUUCACCCAGCGUUCCAUCUUCCAACAACUAUCCGAGACAAACCACACCUGGCUCAACUACUGGGACACAGCCGGUGGCACCGGUCCCGAAGCACAAUGGUUCUCCUGGACAAAAGAGACCUCAAACCAAGACAAAGUGGUCCCCAUCACUCAAUUCUACACAGAUGCAGAAAGCGGCUCUCUGCCCGAAUUCUCCUACCUAAACCCCUCCUGCUGCGGCGUAGGAACAACAUCUAUGCACGACAGCGGUCUAAUCUCAGACGGCGAAGCAUUCAUCAAGAAAGUCUAUGACUCCAUCCGCUCCAGCCCACAGUGGAACGAGACCUUAUUCGUUCUCACAUUCGAUGAAACGGGUGGAUUCCAUGAUCACGUUCGUCCACCCUUGGCUACGAGACCUGAUAAUCUCACUUAUACCGAGACGGCGCCUAAUGGAGAGAAGUAUACGUAUGAGUUCAAUCGUCUUGGAGGGCGUAUUCCGACAUUUUUGAUUUCGCCUUGGACUUCUAAGGGAUAUGUUGAGCAGAAGGGAACGGAUAAAACUGGUGCAACUGUUUCUUAUUCUGCUAGUUCUCUUUUGAAGACUUUGGGCUAUUUGUGGGAUUUUGAUGCUUUUACCCCCCGCGUGGAGGAUGCUGCUUCGUUUGAUCAUUUGAUUUUGAGCACUAUUCGUUCGGAUGCGCCGACUGCGCUUCCUAAUUCGGAGGCCUUCUGA